CGGUUGGUUAAUGAACGUUUAUAGAAAUGGACAAGAAAAUGCAGUAUACUGUCGCUAUUGCCCUUGUUGUUAUUUCCCUGAGCACUGCUGAUCCUCAAAGACCAAGAUUUUUGGUACGCCAACAACAGCAGCAACAAUUACAACAACAGCAACAGCAGCAACAAUCGCAGCAACAGCAACAGCAGCAACAACAACCUUAUGCUCCAAGUGGUUACCAACCCCAAGGCCCUCCUUUCCCUCUACCACAACCCCAAGAAAGUAGAGGAACACCCCAUGUGUCGUACGGAGCCCCACCUGUCCCUUCAUACGUUCCACCACUUGAAGAAGAACCAAGUACAACAGAAGCCGUUUAUAGCAAUAACGAAGAAGCACCCGAUGUUGAACCAUUGGCCGAAGAUGUGCAACCUGCAAAGCUGACGAAGUCUGUAAGUCCAUCCAAAUUGAAAGAGCCUUCUGCUCCAGGGACGUACUUUAUUGUUUUGCCCCAAUCCCAGAACUACGUGGUCGUCGAAAAAAAUUCACCACUCAUCGCGGUACCGUCAGUUGAAAAAAGUGCGCCCUUCGUAGCAGUUCCCGCAAUUCCUGCUGCAUCAGCCAAGCAAGUCCCAAGUGCCAAAUUUGUUGCUGCCCGUAUCGUCGAACCCUAUUCUUUACCUACAUUUCAAGCCGUCCCUGUAUCCGCCCCAUACAGUAGCGGAUAUGCCAGUGUGAUAACGCCUUUUUCUUCAUUUGUUCAAGUUAAUUGAAAAAAGGUUAACCAUAUUCAAAGCGUUCAGUUUUUACGCUUAUUUAUAUAAAAAACUAAAGCCAAACAAAACAAAUGUAAAGCAAGAACUGAAGAAUGUUUUCCAUUAAUUUAUUUAAACAAUCAGAUAAUACCAAAACACUUUAAUAUAUUUGUUU